AUGCCACCAGCAAAAAUACCAGGCUAUUAUUUUGAUGAGUCUCGAGGAAGAUACUUCAAGAUAACAAAUGGGGCAGUACGCUCUGUUGCAGAGGGGUCGCAGAAAUACCACAAUAAUGCAGUACAAGCUGAAAAGCGUAAUCAACAUUUUGACCAAAUAGAAAAACAAGAACAGAGUAAGGAGGAGAAACUUGCAAGGAAAAAGCGCCGUGGACAAGGGGUGAUUACAAACCCCAAUGGAAAACCAUAUCCUUCGCCGGAUAAGCUUGAUCAAAGAUUUCAAUGUGUCAACUGGGAUCAUAUGACGUUUCUCAAUAUGAAGACUGGAACUAUUGAUUUGAAGAACGUGUAUUACAAAGACGAUAUGGUCGAUCUAAUCAGACAUAAUACGAUAAAGGUAGAAAAGAAUCACGUGGUACCCCCACAGGGUCAUAUUGAGGCGUAUCACGAGGGUUACUUUGUUGUGGCGAGAAUGACAAUAAAAGAAGAGAGCGUGCUCAACAUGGCUGUGUUUUCGUCAUUUGAAAGUUUACAAGUCCCGGAACAAUCGUUUUAUUGCUAUGUAGGUGGCGAUUAUCAGAAUUUAACAAGAGAAUUAGCUGAUAAGCUUUUCAUGAUGGACGAGUAUGCUACUGUCAACACUCGUAUAUUUGCCGGCAGCGAAGAUUCUGGAGCCCGACUUAACCUUUUUCAACGAUAUAGAUUGAGCGGCAGAAAGUAUUGUAAUGUGAUAAAAUUUCAUGUUUUUCAUCCCAAACUUCGAUUUUUUGAAGAUUUAACCUUGCCGUUGAUGAAAUUUCUCAAAGUCCAAUUCGGCAAGUUACGCAAAAAGGGCCACAGUCUUGGGCAGUCGUUUGGACUUGAUAGCAUGGAAUUUAUCGAAUCUUCUGCGACCAGUAUUGAAGAAAUGAAUAAACUAAUAAAGAGCGGUGCUCCUGAGUAUCUAAUAAGAGAUCGUUUGGAGACGUUUUUGAUAGCUCGCGAUUGUGAGCGGCCAGCCUUUGUCUACCGGGCAGUUGACUUCCCGGAGAACAAGGUUGAAGAUUGCGAUGUUGUGGGCGGUCACAUUGUUGCUUUAACCACCAAUGGUCAAAUUGUCUAUUUCGAAUGGGAUUAUAACGCACGGAAAUUUCGGAAUUUCAAACUAUUUACCACUGGUAUGUGUUUGCUCUCCUGUCUGGUUAAAUUAUCGGGCAAUUUCAUUUAUGUGAGAACAAAUGAUGAGGUUUUAGUUAUCAACUACAAGGAGAAACGAAUUGAACGACAUCCCUUUGUCGGUCUUCGCAAGCUUUUCGUAUUAUCGCCCACAAAAUGGAUAGUGAUUAACCGCGCUCAAAUUCGGUAUUAUGAUCCUGGGACAAAAGAAUUUGAAUUUAUAAUGACAUAUAACAAUGGUAACAACACUUCUCAACAAUUUGAAAUAAUCAAUAACCACUUGAUUUUUGACGUUGGUACUAAAUUCAAAGUGGUUAAUCUAUCUCGAGCAAUCAAGGAUAAGUAUGCCGUGUUGGAGUUGAGCUUUGAUACAUACAAAUAUGGACCCUUUAGAGACUACAGUUUGUUUCGCAUAUUAGACAUGGGUGUCAAGCAUGGACGAACUCACGUGGGAUUUCAAUUUAUAAAUGCCGCCGACACACAUACGCGUUUUGAAUCAUUUUACAUAUAG